CACCAGGCGCGCAGGCAGCGGGCAAAACAGCACCAUUGGCAUCUCUGCAUAAAAGCUGGAGCUUCUCGGGCUUAUGAGCGAUUACAUUUGUUGAAUCUAUAAACUUGAGCUUGCAUAUAAGUGGUGAAGUAUAAUGCCGCAGGGAAAACUCAAAGUUAAGACAAAGCUACCGGCGGCGGCAAAGGCAAAAGCCAACAAGAGCAAGAAAGGCCCUGCUAUCCAAAGACGUGGAAAUGCCCCUGUUCAGCCGAAGAAGACAAAGUUGCAAGAAGCGCAGAAAUUGAAGAAGAUGAUCUCAAAGACGGUGAACACCGCGGUGGAAGAUGACUUGCGAGGGAGAGCCUUAGAAGGAAGAAAAACCCUCAGAAAGAAAGAUCCUUCCAGUUCGAAGAAACAGUGAUACGUUAAGUGUUAUAAUACCUGCUUACAUCAGUAAUACAUGAUUUACGUAUGUACGUAUCUUUCUUAAUUAAAAGAUAUUGUUCUGUUCGAUACUA